UUCUUCCUGGUGUGCAUGUGCUUCCUGACCUUCAUCCAGUCCCUCAUGGUCUCCGGCUACCUGAGCAGCGUCAUCACCACCAUCGAGCGGAGAUACAGCCUCAAGAGCUCGGAGUCGGGGCUGCUGGUCAGCUGCUUUGACAUUGGGAGCCUGGUGGUGGUGGUCUUCAUCAGCUACUUUGGGGGGCGUGGACGGAGGCCGCUCUGGCUGGCUGUAGGGGGCUUUUUCAUUGCCCUUGGGGCUGCACUCUUCUCCUUACCUCAUUUCAUCUCUCCACCGUACCAGAUCCAGGAAUUGAACUCCUCUGUCAGUAACGAGGGCUUGUGUGUGACUGGCAAUGGCACUGCCAAAGAGCAGUGGGACUCGCCGGCCUGCAUCAAGGACUCCGGCGGAAACGACCACUCUGUCUAUGUAGCUUUAUUCAUUUGUGCCCAAAUCCUCAUUGGCAUGGGCUCCACACCCAUCUAUACCUUGGGACCAACCUACUUAGAUGACAAUGUCAAGAAAGAAAACGCCUCGCUUUACUUAGCCAUCAUGUACGUAAUGGGAGCACUUGGUCCUGCAGCUGGAUACUUGCUAGGAGGACUUCUUAUUGGUUUCUAUGUUGAUCCUAGGACAACUGUUUAUAUUGACCAGAAUGAUCCCCGAUUCAUUGGAAACUGGUGGAGUGGAUUUCUCCUUUGUGCCAUUGCAAUGCUCCUUGUGAUAUUUCCCAUGUUUACCUUUCCGAAAAAGCUCCCUCCUCGACAUAAAAAAAGGAAAAAGAAAAAGAAGAUGAACUCUGAUGAUGUUUCAAGUGAUGAUGAAGUGAUGAAAGAGAAAACAAAUAGUAAAAUACAAGCAGACAGUGCAGUUCCUGCCUCUAUGGGAUUUGGAAAGAAUGUUAAAGAACUUCCAAGAGCAGCUAUCAGGAUCUUAAGCAACAUGACAUUCCUUUUUGUGAGUUUGUCAUACACAGCUGAGAGUGCCAUUGUCACAGCUUUUAUUACCUUCAUUCCCAAGUUCAUCGAGUCACAGUUUGGCAUCCCAGCUUCCAAUGCCAGCAUCUACACUGGUGUGAUUAUUGUCCCGAGUGCUGGUGUUGGUAUUGUCCUUGGUGGCUACAUUAUAAAAAAACUGAAACUUGGUGCGAGAGAGUCUGCGAAGUUGGCUAUGAUCUGCAGUGGUGUAUCUCUGCUGUGCUUUUCAACUCUCUUCAUUGUUGGAUGUGAAAGCAUUAACCUAGGGGGAAUAAAUAUACCUUACACUACUGGUCCCACUCUUGCCAUGGCCCACAGGAAUCUGACUGGGAGCUGUAAUGUUAACUGUGGAUGUAAGAUUCAUGAGUACGAGCCUGUCUGUGGAUCAGAUGGAAUAACAUAUUUUAAUCCUUGCCUAGCUGGCUGCAUCAGUGGUGGAAACCAUAGCACAGGGGUAAGAAAUUACACAGAAUGUGCCUGUGUCCAAAGUCGCCAGGUGAUCACUCCACCAACAGUGGGCCAGCGUAGUCAGCUCCGGCUGGUUAUUGUCAAAACCUACCUGAAUGAGAAUGGCUAUGCUGUUUCUGGGAAGUGUGAUCGAACCUGCAACACGCUUAUCCCGUUCCUGAUAUUUCUCUUCAUUGUUACCCUCAUAACAGCAUGUGCCCAGCCAUCAGCAAUCAUAGUGACACUCAGGUCUGUAGAAGAUGGGGAGCGGCCCUUUGCACUAGGAAUGCAGUUUGUUUUAUUACGAACCCUUGCUUACAUUCCCACUCCAAUUUAUUUUGGGGCUGUUAUUGACACCACGUGCAUGCUUUGGCAACAGGAUUGCGGCGUACAAGGAUCUUGUUGGGAAUACGAUGUCACCUCAUUUCGUUUUGUCUACUUUGGGCUGGCAGCUGCUCUCAAGUUCGUGGGAUUCUUUUUUAUUUUCCUGGCCUGGUAUUCCAUUAAGUGUAAAGAAGAGCAACUGCAGAGACAGAGAUGGAGGGCUUCGCCGGUGAACACUGUGAGUGAGAUGGUUGGCCAAGCUGGACCCCGGCAAAACUAUGCACGGACUAGAUCCUGCCCUACCUUCAGCUCCCGUGGGGACAUCAGUGUGGCACAAGGAAUGAACUGCGUAGCACAGACAUACCCUGGCCCUUUUUCAGAAGCAAUAAAUUCCUCAUAUGAAAAUGCAUUGGAAGAAGUCACUGCUGAGAUAUAG